AUGGCUUUCAAAUACUUCGCCCUGUUCGCCCUCGUCGCCGUCGCCAGCGCCGCCGUCCUGCCAGUCGCCUACAAGCAGGUCGAGUACGCCGAUGCCCCGGCCGAGUACCAUUUCAACUACGAAGUGCACGAUGACCACACCGGAGAUAUCAAGAGCCAGCAGGAGGAGCGUCAUGGAGACAACGUUGUCGGACAGUACACCCUGAUCGAUGCUGAUGGAUACCGACGCGUCGUUGACUACACCGCCGAUGAGCACAACGGAUUCAACGCCGUCGUCCGCCGUGAGCCUCUGAGCGGACACAAGGUGGUGAAGGCCGUCGUCCCGGUCGCCAAGGUCGCUGUCCCGGUCGCCAAGGUGUACUCCGCCCCGAUCGCCAAGGUUGCCAUCCCCUCUAAAAUGGCGUUCAAAUUGAUCCUUGCCCUGGCCGUUGUUGGUGUCACUCAGGCUGCGCUGCUGCCAACGCUGGUGAAGAAAGUGGAGCUGGAGGCUCCGGCCGAGUACCAGUUCUCGUACUCCGUCCACGAUGAUCAUACCGGAGACGUCAAGAGCCAGCAGGAGGAGCGCCAUGGAGAUGAUGUUAAGGGCCAGUACUCGCUGGUCGAUGCUGAUGGAUAUCGUCGUGUCGUUGACUACACCGCCGAUGAGCACAGCGGCUUCAACGCCGUCGUCCGUCGUGAGCCUCUGACUGGACACAAGCUGGUGAAGACCGUCGUCCCGGUCGCCAAGGUCGCUGUCCCGGUUGCUCACUACGUUGCUCCCGUUGCCAAGGUUGCCGUGCCCGUUGCGAAAUACGCCGUUCCGGUUACAAAGGUUCUUGCUCCGGCACAUGUGGCGACUGUUAGCUUCCAUGCCCCCAGCCUCACCUACCACUACUGA